ACUUCCUCUGCUGCAACGGUCAAACUUCCUGUUCCUGACAUCACUUCAGUGCUAGCAACAACAUGUCUGUGCCCCAGCAGCUACGAGAUGAAAGUGACUUUGAGCAGCUGCCUGAUGAUGUUCCUGUCACGGCCACCAUAGCUGACAUUGAAGAGAAAAAGGGCUUCAUUGACUAUUAUGUGUUUGUGACUGAGGUGAAAACUAAAGGAGGCAGCAAGUAUCUGAUUUACAGGAGGUACAGGGAGUUCUUGCAACUUCACCAGAUCCUGGAGACCAAGUACUCUGCAGAAGGUUCAGAGAGUCCAGCCCCAGGCACAUGGAGCCUGCCCACUCUGCCAGGUAAAAUAUAUAUUGGAAACAAGAGAGAUAUUGCAGAAAGCAGGAUUUCUGAACUCAACGUGUACAUGAAGAAGUUGCUGGCUCUUCAGUGGCUGUUGUUGGAUGAGGCACUGCGCAUGUUCUUCUACCAAAGUGAAGUGGACCGUAUGCAGCAGCCACGGGCCCUCCGGAGACUGCGCCCACCAACACGCAAAGUGAAAACGGUCAAAGAGAAGAUGGACCUGUUAUCUUCCCCAAGAGCUGAGGUGCUGUUUGACUUCCGGGGCAGUGGAAAGGCUGAACUGAACCUGCGCAGGGGCCAGCUGGUGUUCCUGCUGCGCCAGGUCAAUGCAGACUGGCUGGAGGGCACAGUGAACGAGCAAACCGGGAUCUUCCCACAAUCCUUUGUCCAGAUCAUCAAGCCACUCCCCCAGUCCGACUGCGACAGUGAGGGAGGCCAUGCCUACAGCUGUCUACGCUGUUUUCUCCUCCGACCUGAUGCCACAGAAGCCCGAGAUGUAUGUGUGCAGGAGGCCCUGGGGAUUCAGCCCGCCUUCAAGGACCUGCUGUCCCGUAUGAGGACAGUUUUCCAGGAGGAGAGCAUCGCUCUAAACUACAGGGACAAGGAUGGGGAGCUGGUGCGGCUCUUGGACGAUGAGGAUGUGCGGCUGAUGAUUCGACAGAGCAGAUUGCACCCUAGCUCACAGCAUAGACCUGUCAAUCAAUUCCCAUGGGAGCUACAUGUGAGCCUGACCUCUGAUCUGUCCGUGUAUGCCCCCUGCAGGCAGCAGGAGGAGCAGUCAUGUGCAUGAGGCCUGGGUUAUGCACAAAUCAAGCUAUAAAGAAGUCUCUCACAUUUUAGUAUUCAUUUCAUAUUAAUUCUGUAAAAUCUACUUUUAAGAACUUUCAACAGUGUUAUAAUUGGUUCCCUUCUCAUUUACCCAAUCAAAGUUGUAUUAAGAGUGAUUCAGGCAUGUUUGAGUAACCUUUGUUUUCAAAGACACCAUUGCUGUAUUCAAGACACCAUUGCUCCGAUCUACCCUCGGGACACUCUUUUCCAACUAUUUCCUUAAUCGGUGUGACAUGUCCAAUGUGUAGUCAUUUCGGUACAAAUGAAAGAAUCCUCUCCUCACUAGUGUGAUAUGCAGCUAUGCAGAGGAGGUGCCCAGAGCUACAAGGUGCUUUGUUGUGAUGAUGUUUACAGCGACAUCAGCUCCCAUUGGGCACCACAGUAGGGAUGCACCAAUAUGAUACAGGUGGCUGAUAUUGACAUUUUUUGCAUGGAUCAGAAAUCUCUUCCAAGAUAUUGGUUCAGUUAGAAUCCCAUUUUGGUCUUUAAACUGGUAUAAGAAUAUUUUCUGGUGAAUGUUGGCUCAAAACAUCACAUAAUAUAAGUUGUAUUUUUAGUAGUUUUGUUGUUACUUAUAACUAUGAAUACCAGUUACAAAACACAUGUUUUACCAUACGUCAUUUGUGUUUAUAGGAAAUCGAUGAUGUUUUCAGUCUCUGCCUUAGUAUGGGUUGAUACAAGGCAUCAGCACAUAUUUAAAGCCGAAUUAUUGAGAUUGCUAUCGGAACACAAAAGGCUGUGUCAGUGCAUCCCUACACCACACUUUUCUCAGACUUGUUUCAUUUCAUUUUAUAUUAUAUAUUCUACACUGUGAUUAAAAAUUUCCAAAUUAUAACAGAAUGAUUCACAGUUCUCAUAGAUUAUAACUGUAUAGCAGACAUAAGGACAUUAUAUCUUCCUCUGAAUAAACAGUGUACUAUCA